UGUAUCUUGUAUGUAUUCGGUGACAACGAAAUGCUCUAUUAUUAUUGGAGCGUACAUGAGGUCGCACUUCUUAUUUUUGCGGCCGGCAAUGUCGCCUCGAAAUGGGCCAUGGCAUUUACGUUCGAAUUACAUUACGUCAUUCAGCAGCAUUCUACGCUUCUCUGUUGUUUUGUACGAUAUCCUCCAAUCAAGCAAUAUUUUCUGGACAUGGGAGAUGUGAGCAUGGGAUUAGCGUAUCUGUGUGGUGGCUGUUGCUGUCUCAAGGACACAGAUCCAGGACCCGAGGGCUCUCAAAUAACUCGUACGAGAAAACAUCCCAAGGAAAAUGACAUCAAGAUGGAGUUCAUGAGCAGGAAUUAUCAGAGAGACAAGGACGGAAGGUUUCAUCAAGCUAUUACUGAGCAACCGCAGGCGCAAACGGCGGCGAUAUAUGAGAAGAAGUGAUAGAGUGUUUGUAUCGCAAUGGGAGAACAUUAUUGUCAAAAGUCGGUGUAAGUUUUAAAUGGUAAUGCAAGCAGAUCAAUAGAGUUGUACCCUGCUUACGCCUCCAGAUCAAUUUUAUUCUGCAAAUUUUUUUGAUAUGGUAUACGAAGAUGGCGUUCAAGUUCACAACGAGUUAAAUUCAAAGCAAAUAUAUAUGCAAGUUCAUUGACGCAUACAAAGCAUAGAUAAUUUGUCAUGCUAAGACUUUGAAAUCACCCACGGCAGCGCUAUUAGGAAAUUAAUCAUCUUUGGACGACGUGCGGAACGAGAAAGUACUGACAGUGAGCUCUUCAUGUUGCUAGCA